UAAUCAAUUGAACAAUGCUGACUCUACUAUGGAACUUAGUAGAUUAUCAGGAAAUGGGUCAUUAAAAAAUGUCUUUUCCGUCAUUAUUAAUAGAACUUUUAUUAUUGUUGUUAUCGCUAGUACUCACGUAAGGCCAGGAUCAUUAACAAUGGUGACAUUGACAAAACUG